AUGAAAUGGGAAGUAACGAAAGAGCGAGGUCUAAACUUACAUAAAGAGCAGAUUGCAAGAGAAGAAGCUCCUUCAAACAUAAGCAUAACUUGUUCCGAGUUCGAGCCGGAGCUCGGUAACCAGCGACGACACCUCACAAAUCCCGGUCACCUCACAUAUCCUGACUUACAGCAAAAAAGCCCAGAAAAAAUCGACAAUAUUUUACAAUCGUCGAAGAAGACAACCACAGCCGUCACGCCACAAAAGGAAAAAUCUCCGGUAGAUGCACCGGCCGUCAUGCCACAAGGGACAUUAGACCCUCACAUAGGAGUUAACCAAGAUCGGUUGGCGAUCUCCUCUGGCCCGAGGUCAGAAAGCAGAGGCCCAAAAACCGGGAACUUCGAUUCUCCGAUCAACUUUGGAUCAUAUGCUCCGGCGCCGGAAGUUACAUCGCUGAAGAAGACAAAUCCCGCCGCUACUCCUUUGUUGUUGACCGGUCAGCGACCCCCUUCCCCAACUCAGACUUUAUAUCGUGACCAUGUGUUAGGUCUUGAGGCUGUAGCGAAUCCUGAGCUUAGGUGUAACAACCUGGGCCAACAAACUUCCCAUUCGAUUGGGCCCAUUGUGCAAACGGCCCAACCCACAGCCCCCCUAAAUCAAUUCCAACCCCAUUCUUUCGGCCCAUCUGAUCCCUCACCUCCCCAUCUCUCCCCCUCUUUGGGCCUUCCAAUUUUCGGACCCACCAAACCAAUCAACUAUCAGGCCCAAACCAACCCAGCAAAUACACCACUUACCAUCCUAAAUUCCAACCCACUUCAAACCAUCCAGCCCAUCUUAGAAUACACGAGGCCAAGCGCCGCACUGUGUAUAUGCAUAUCAGAGUGCGUGUAUACAAAAGAAGACAAGAGAGGGAGGAUGAAAAGAAGAGUUGUCAUCGAGACAAUGGCAAUAUGCCCCAUUGGUGGAGGAAACCUUCUCCGGUGGUUACCUCAAGCACGAGGAGGAGGAGCACCGCCAGCAUGGCGGCCCUUCCAUUCCACGUCUCAGCGCUUUUCGUCCAUCCCCAUUGCCAUACCACAACUGGCGGAGGCAGCUCCCUACGUUGUGAAUCGUAGGCCGCCAGCAGCUCCUCUACACUGCCGAGUGGAACUAAAGACUGCACGGCACACAGUGAUAAGAUUAGAUUGUUGA